UUCAGCAACCAGCGUGCGUGACAAAUAUUUAGUUGAAAAUUUGAUUUUAGCAGUUAUCCUCUGGGAAUAAAAUUCAAAUUGUAGUUAUAAAUUCCAGUAAGCCCUGCAAAUAAUGCUUUAUGGAGUAACAAGACUAUUUUGGCAAGACCCUUCCAAAUGAAGUCAAUGACAUCAGGAUCACUGCACUCCAGGAGAAUUUUCGUUCCUCGUCCUAUUUUCUUUUAAGAGAUUAGUCAGUUUUUGAUUUAAACCCAGGCUUUAUUUACGUAUCUCGUGGAAAUUCUGAUGAUUCAGCUGGUUUAAUGGCUUGUCAGCAAUUUCGUCAAAAGGGAUUUUUUUGUUCUGUAGACACUCACACUAGACGGCACUUACUGGCCAUCGCAGUCUAGUGCAUUUGACGGUUUGACCACUAUUAGAAAGUGAACCAUGGAUAAAAGUCUAAGCUUACCGGAAUGGAUGUUGAAAGUGAAGGCAAAAUCCGAAGAAGAAAAUAGUUUAAUAUCAUCUCAAACUGAAAUUUAUCAUAUAGCAUCUGAAAGUGAACAAAUUCUUUCAACAUUUUUCAGGGAACUUUUAGAUCGUUUUGAAGGUGAUUAUAAAAUAAUAAGCCUCGAUUUGGAUUGGCCUUCUAAGAUAUCAAAUGUUUUAGCCAAAUCCACCAGAAUGCAUUUAUGCAUAGGAAGCAGUGCUUGUUUAGUAUUUUCGAUAAAAAACAUUACAUCACUCCCCAUUGCAUUUCUUUCUGUAUUGAAACAUCCUAAAGUAAAACUCAUAGGAAAUAAUAUAGUUAACGAUCUCUUAAAAUUAAAGCAGGAUUUUAACAUUGAUGUUGAACAUAUUUUAAAUAAAAAUAUACAGCUGACGAAUUGGGAUAGAGAAUCUUUAUCGUGUAAACACAACUGGUCCCUGGAUAAUAAUCUCAGUAUUACUGUGGACCAUGAACCAAAAAUUCCUGAUGAUGUUGAGAAUGAAAUCAUGACGUAUGGUGGUAAAAUUAUAUUUUGCAACAACUUUUAUGAUUGUGCGAUAGCUUCAGAGAAACUCUUAAACAUGGCUGAGGAAAAGGAAAAGUUUGUAAUAGGUUUUGACUUAGAAUGGCCUUUUUCACGUUACACUGGAAGAGGGAAAGUAGCUCUGAUGCAAUUAUGCCCUAACCCCGAUGAAUGCUUUUUAUUUCAUGUCUCUGAGUUUACAAGUUUGCCUAAGGCUUUGGUAAUUUUUUUAAAACGGAAAAAUGUCUUUUUGACCGGGGUCAAUAUAAAACACGAUUUGAAGAAAUUGGGGACCGAUUUCAAAUUUGAUGUAACUUCAAUUAUCGAGAAUAAUCUGAUUGAAUUAAACACAUUUGCAAAUCAAACUUUAAAAUGUUCACAAAAUUGGAGCUUAGCAAGGCUGGUUUUGCAUUUGCUAAAUCAAACUCUGUUAAAAACAUCAGUUCGUACCAGCAACUGGGCAAGCAGACAACUGACAAAAGAGCAGAUAUCGUAUGCUGCAACUGAUGCUUAUGCAUCCUUCUUAUGCUAUAAAACUCUUCAAGAUAAAUUAAGAUGAUUAAUCAAAUAGGUGUUGCACACCUUGGCAUGAU